CCCUCUCUCUCGUUCUUUCUCUCUCUGAAUCAUUCUGCAUCUUCCAGUAUAAGGAAAACAGAAAACCAGCAAUAUGAGGGUGUUCACCAGUGUAGUUCUGCUGAUGACAUCACUUCCGGUCAGUAGCGGUUUCAUGGAUGGCCUGUUCGGACAUGGCGGUCUUCACAGCAACCCGGACGUGUUCUGCAUCAUGGAGCACUGUGGCCACCAGUCGGCGGCAUGUAUGGGGGACCCCAGCUGCCGAUCCAACAUGGAGUGCAUGACCAAGUGCGGCAUGACGAACCACUCCUGCAUGUACGAAUGCAUGAACACGUACGAGGAUGCCAUAUUUGACGCCUUUAUGAAAUGCCUAGUCGAUGACUACCACUGCCUCAAUCUUACGCCGCCGGAUCCGACGUACCGUUGUAAACCGCCGUCAACGUCAGUAAAAAACGUAAGUCUCGCUGACCUGCAAGGAACAUGGAAUAUUGUGCUUGGUCUGAAUCGAGACUAUGAUUGUUUCGACUGCCAAAUUUCUACGUACAAGCCAACAUCUAAUUCUAACAACUAUACGCUAACGGAACUCUAUGACGUAACGAUGUUGAAUGGAACUGUACGUCAUCGUGUUGACGUCCAGCAGGUGGCACAACGUGACGUGUUCAACCCCGGACUCCUGGAUUACACAAACCACAUCAUGGGGCUGACAAUGUAUGAGAAAUGGCAGGUCAUGGAUAUUUCUCCAACCGGAAGUUAUGUCAUCAUGUACUAUUGCGGUCACAUGACUUCUGACUGGUGGUAUGAAGGGAACGUGGUGUACUCGCGACUUCCCGUGCUCACCUCCGGUGACGCGUUAACCGUUUCCGCCGCGCUGUCGCGGCUCAUGGGCCAUGACGUCAGCGAGUACUGCCGGCCUAAGACACAGACAUGCGGCAAUCAGACAUGAUGAGAUGCCGGUCAAGGACGUUUCAUGACUUUGUUUGAUUCUAUGGCAAUGAUUGUCAACUGA